AUGCCUGCUCUUCCCGACGACCUCGUCGCGGCAAUCACAAAGUCCGUGUCCGACGGCUUUGACGACCAGCUCGCUUAUACCCAGAAACUCAUCCGAUAUGGCGGCCAGCGCGGCGAGGAGGCCGAGGUCCAGAACUUUGUCUUCCAGCAGUUCGCGGACCGGGGCUAUGAUCCCGUUAAGUUUGACAUGGACGAGGAUGCCAUCAGCAACCAUGUCGGUGGUGGCAAGUUCAGCGCGACCCACUCGCGCGCCCCCUGCGUUGUAGGCACGCACAAGCCAAAAUCCCAGCACGCCGAGGGCAAGAGCCUCAUCCUCAACGGGCAUAUCGAUGUGGUGCCGCUGGGCCCCGUCGACAUGUGGGACGGCGACCCGUACAGUGCGAAAAUCGUGGGCGACAAGCUCUACGGCAGAGGGGCUGGGGACAUGAGGAGCGGCCAUGCCUCGUACCUGUGGGCGCUGGACGCAUUGCGACGCAUCGGUCUGCAGCCCGCCUCCGAGGUCAUCCUGCAGUCCGUGCCGGAAGAGGAGUCGACCGGCAACGGCACGCUGAUGACCCACCUGAAAGGCUACAAGGCCGACGCGGUGCUGAUCCCCGAGCCCGUGCAGGAGAAGCUGGUGCGCGCGAACGUCGGGGUGUUGUGGUUCCAGGUCGAGGUGCGCGGCAGGCCCGUCCACGUCCGCGUCAUGAGCACGGGGACGAACGCCAUCGACGCGUGCUGGAAGCUCGUGGAGCCGUUGCGCGAGUUGGAAGCCGAGUGGAAUGAGCGGCACGUCAAUGCGAAGCACUUUGAACAAGAAAAACAUCCCCUAAACAUGAACGUCGCCAUGGUGAACGGCGGCGACUGGCAGAGCUCCGUCCCGGCGUGGUGCCGCAUCGACUGCCGCAUGGCCAUCGUGCCCGGCGUGAGCGCCGAGUCCGCCGCCCGGGAAAUCGAGAAGAAGAUCGCCGACUUUGCCCGCGCGGACCCUUACCUCAGCGAGCACCCGCCCAAGGUGACGUGGAACGGCUUCUACGCCGAGGGCUACGUGCUCGAGCCGGGCAGCGACGCCGAGAGUGUGCUGCGCACGGCGCACAAGCACGCGACGGGCGAGGACUUGGGGUAUCAGACCUCGACGGCAUACCUGGACGCGCGCGUCCACAGUAUCUACGACAAGAUCCCCGCGUUGGUCUACGGGCCCAUCAGCGGCGACAUCCACGGGUUUGACGAAUGGGUCAGCGUCGAGAGCGUCAAGAGGGUGACGAUCGCCAUUGCCCUGUUUAUUGCGCAAUGGUGUGGGACCGAGACGAUAUGA